AUGACGUUGCAACUUUUGAAUCUAGGUUCAAAUAGGAUAAUAUCGGUCCUUUAUCGAAGGAAUAAUCAUAUUACAAAGUUAAUUACUGGAAGAUACAGCACCUUGUCAGCCACUGGUCACUUUUCGUUGGAUACUAAUAAUGAUGAUGUGAAGAAUAAUCUCUCUGCGACAGAAGAUGAAUUUGGUAUUUUGAGCUCAUUUCCCACUGGUCAUCAUGUAAUGGUGGUACAUCCGAAAAUUAGAUGGGGUCGUCAUUCUGCAGCUGCAUCGACGACUCCUGAGUUGCAAUUAGAAGAAGCAGUAGCGCUUGUAAAAACAAUACCAAAAUUUACAGUUUCUAAGUUGGUUAUCGUUUAUUUUAAUUGUUUUUUACCUUGCUUAAUAAUGGUCUUUCUUCAAGACUGCCCUUCUGUCAUUGUCGGUACAGAUUAUAACACGAACAAGAAGAGGAUAUGGGGAGAAGGGCGAGUCCAAAAGUUAGUUGAAGCGAAGGAACUGUAUCGUGCGACUGCCUUGAUGAUUAAUGUUGAUAUGCUUUCUCCCGUGCAACAGGUUGAGCUUUUAAGUGUUUUUGGUGUUCCUGUUUUUGACCGGUACAAUAUUGCUCUGCUGAUAUUCAAAAUAUUUGCUCGAACGAAAGAUGCGUGGUUACAAAUUCAACUAGCUUCUAUUCCAUAUUUACGGAAAGAUAAAUUUGAUGCGUUACGACUUUACGAACAUGAAAUUCGAAAAAAAAUUAGAGCUUCAGUAGAAGAAAAACGCAGUGAGAUAGAAAACAGGAAAAAUAAACUGGCAUCCACUACCAUAGCAGUGGUUGGUUACACUAACGUCGGGAAGAGUUCCCUUAUAAAAAGGUUGACUGGCAAGACGAUAUACGUUAAGGACAGGCUAUUUGCAACGCUAGAUGCAGCAACUUACCUAUCCCGCCUUCCGUCUGGCUCUUUAGUAUACUUUGCGGACACAAUUGGUUUUAUAUCCAACCUGCCAACUUAUUUAUUUGCUUCUUUUGAAGCUACCUUAAGCCACGUAACUACGGCAGACUUAGUGUUAUUUGUGGAGGAUAUGUCUCAUCCAGAUCGCAUAGCGCAAAAAGAAACUGUGCUUGAAACUUUGCGCCGCCUAAACAUCAGGCCAGAAGUUAUGGAUAGUAUAAUUUUUGUUGGAAACAAAGUUGACAAGUUACUAUCACUUCCACAUGAUCCCUCCAUCAUAUAUAUUUCAUGUCUUAGUGGCUUUGGUUUCUCGCAGUUAGUUGCCGACAUUGAUAAGGUUGGCCGCGUUAAGCGUCUGUUGAAAUUAAAGCCAGGUUCCGAUGUUCUGAAGUAUCUUUUUGCUGGUUCAUUCCUCACAGCAGAUCCAAUCCCCACUCCUGACGGAAACCAUCUUUUGUGUACUUUUUCAAUGAACGAUUCUGAGUUUGCUAAUUAUUCAAUUUCUGCGAUGCCAUUUAUCGCCCUGGAGUUGAAGGCAGAUCUUGAAAAUAUCGACGAGUUGCAGCCGAAGCCUGACUGGACGGAUUUCCACUGGCAUCUCAAAAUAAAAUGUACCAACUGUGGUGAAGAGAAAGAUCAUUGGCAUUACGUUGCUGCAAAUGUGAGAGAGACAGUAGAUAUGGGUAGGGCCGGAAAGGUUAAUUUUGUGGAGAAAUGCAAACUGUGUGGAAGACAAAAUACUCUUGCAAUAAUACAAGAUUCUUUCAAGCCGUACAUGAUUGAAAGAAACGGUGAAUUUCAACCAGUUCUGAAAUUUGAUUGUCGCGGUAUCGAGCCAACUGAUUUUGAUCCUAGGGUCGGAGUUUGGUGGGCUCGUUGCACUGACUCAGAAGCGGUUUUUGAUGAUAUCGAUCUAUCAGAAAAAGAGUGGGCAGAUUAUGACGAGAAAGCACAAUGCGCUGUUGAAAUUAAAGAGCUUUUCUCACGUUUUGUGUUGUCAAAGAAGUAG